AUGAAUGCGGCAAACUUCAACAAAUGGUUACGGGAAAAAUUGGUGCCGAAUUUGCACGAACCGAGUGUAGUCGUUUUAGACAAUGCAAGUUACCACACUGUGCAAAUUAAUAAGCUGCCAAAUCGACAAUCCCGAAAAGCAGAUUUGCAAAACUGGCUUAUAGAGAAAUCGAUACCGUUUGGUGAACGUUGUACCAAAGAACAACUCUUGUGUUUGAUUGGACAGCAUAAAGAAGAGCCUAUCUACGAAGCAGAUGAGAUACUCAGGACUCAUGGGCACGAGGUUCUAAGACUGCCACCAUAUCACUGUUUCUUGAACCCCAUAGAGCUGAUUUGGAGUAUCGCUAAGCGAAAAGUGGCCAGCAAAAAUGUAGCCCAAUCUGCGCAAGAGUUUGAAAGAACUAUUAGAGAUUGCUUCGAAAGCGUGACCCCUAACGAUUGGAAAAAAAUGACUGAUCAUGUUGUCCACAUAGAAAAUCAGUACAUGCAAAAGGAUAACAUAACUGCUCACAUGAAAAGAUUUGUCAUAAGCGUCGGUGAUGACGAGUCUUCUAGCAGUUCUGAUCAAUAUACAGGAGGGGACUCGGAGCCGGAGUAUUUGCUGUCCGACUUUGAUAACUACUUAGAAGCAGAAUAUUUAGACUCCGAUUUUAACUACAGCGAAUAA